AUGGCUGGUGAUCCCACAGACACCUCCCGCAACAGCUCCUCGACUACCGCCACGGCAAAAGUCCCCAAGGCUAAUAAAGGUGUCAAGCUCAGAAAGUCUGGUGACAAGCUUGGUAAAAUCUCAACCCCAAACUUGGUUUCUGCUCCUGCCCCUGAACCCGCUGCUCCAGAAACCUCUGAAGAAUCUGAUGAGGAUGAACCCACUGCUAAAAAACAGUUCACUCAUUGGGGCAACAGCGACAACAUGCUGGCCAGCGUUGAAUUCAAACCCAGGGGGGGAAACAAGACCAAACUCAAAGCGAUCUGGUUGAAUACUCAUGCAGAGAUUCAUAAAUGCAUUACGCCAGCGGUCCAAUUCCGCGACAAACGUUCUUGGGCCAAAAACAGCACUCUUUACCAACAGGAGUUUCAAAUGGACGCAAACAUUCAAAUCCUGACGGUGAGGGCCAUUGGACCUUCUGCUAAGGCGGUUUUCACUAACCCUACCAGCCCCCUAUUCUGCUUCCUCUGGGGCCUCAUGCCCUGUGGGAAGGAGGAGCUUGAAGCAUCAAACUAUCACUUUCUCCGCUUUAUUGCUCAUACCCCCGUUAUUGGUCCCCUUCCCUCUUCCACCGUCAUGCCCCUCUUAAAGGGUCUGACCAUUCCAAACGCACCCAGAGAGAAAAUGACCAAGGUUCAAGUCUCCAAUGUGCUUCUCCAAGGAGUGCUGGAGGACAAUUGGGGAUAUCACAGCGGUAACUUUGUUGUACAGGUUCCAAACUCCCUGGCAGCUCUUUGA